AUGAAAAUAUUUCUAUCAUUAUUCGUUAUUUAUUUCUUAGCCAUCAAUAUUCAAGUUAGCAAUGCAGGGAUCGAUUGUACUAUAUAUACCAAUGAUCUUAAAAUUAUCAAUCUAAAUCCAUUUUAUGUUUCACUUAAUCUUUAUCCUUUAUCUACAUCCGUUCACUACGAUGGUAAAUCACAAGUUACAGCUUUUAAUAUAUUUAAGAAUGUUAAUCCAUCUUCAAAUAUAUAUUGUUUGAAAAAUUUACAAAGCCUUCAAUUAGUAAAUACAAAUCUAACAAUAUUAUCUGAUAUUAAAAAUUUUCAAAAGUUAACAUCAUUAAUAAUUCGAUCAGAUUAUAGUAGUAUUGGUCAACAUUUACCAUCGGAAUUGGGACAAUUAAUAUCUUUAUCAAACUUAGAAUUAUCUGAUAUUAAAAAUCUUGAAGAUUUACCUGAUGAGAUUGAAAAUUUAAUUCAAUUGCAAACAUUAAUAUUACAGAAUAUUCCAAAUUUUAAUAAAAUAUCUGAUGAAAGUAUUGGCAAAUUAGUUAAUCUUAGAAGUUUAAAUUUAAUUGAUUUACCAAAUUUAUCAACUAUUCCGUCAACAAUAAAAAAUUUUCAAUCAUUAGUACAAUUCGAAAUAACUAACACGGGUAUUAAGAAUGUAGAAUUAGAAAAUCUUGAUGCAUUAUCUAAUUUGAAAAUAAAAUCCAACUCAAUAUUACAAACAAUUGAAAUUGUGAAUAUGUUACUGUUAGCUUCAAUUGAAAUUCAAAAUAAUACGGAAUUAUUAACAUUAAAAUUUCAAAAUUUAUCUUCGUUAUUAUCAUUAACAAUGUCAUCAAAUUCAAAAUUAAUUUCUUUAGAUAUGGAAAAUAUAUCUAAUCUUCAAACAAUUUCAUUAAGUGAUAGUCUACAAUUCAAAAUAGCUACAUUAAAAAAUUUAUCUCAUUUAAAUAGUGUUAGUUUAUCUUUUUUAUUUAAUUUUGAAUCAAUUUCAUUUGAAAAUAUGCCAUCCUUAUCAACUGUUAGUAUUACAGCAAGUGCUCUAUCGAAAAAUAUUUCAUUUCGUGAUGUGUCAUCAAUCAAAAAUCUUGAUUUGUCUGGAUGUCAAUUCACAACCUUUCCAGAAAGUAUUUUAACAUUAAAAUCUUUAGUCAAUUUGAUUAUGAAAUCAAAUCAAUUAUCAGCAUUACCAUUAACAUUAUCAACUGAUUUACCAAAUUUACAAGUUCUUGAUUUAUCGAGGAAUAACUUUCAGGGAAAUAUUUUUCAACAACCACCACUUAUUUAUCUUCGUGAACUUUAUUUAAGUAAUAAUUCUUUGGCAUCCAUCGAUGGUAUUAGAGAAUAUACAUCCUUACAAGUUUUGGAUUUGAGUUAUAAUAAAAUUUUAUCAAUUCCACUUGAAAUCAUGGAUGUAUCAUCAACAUUGUACACGUUAAGAAUUAGUUAUAAUCAGUUGCAUAGUAUUCCAUAUCCAAUGACAAAUAUGAGAGCAUUAAGCUCGCUGUUGGCCACCUAUAACAAUAUUUCGGAUGAUGAACGACGAUAUCUUUAUCAAAUAUUCAAUCCAACAUCUAUACAAUUGAUUAUUUAA